UCAUUCCAUUUCCCUCCUCUCUCAGUUGCAUCUUUUGGCUUUUGCGACUCAUUAACAGCGGGGAGGUAGUUGCUCGUAGCUCCAACCUGCUCGAUCAUGGCAGCUCAAGAAGAAACUGAAGUCAAGAAUGCAUCAAGACCAAAAGCCGAAACUCAGGUUAGCCGAGAAGGUGACCUGAAAAAAUCACUUGAUUCCCCAACACACCCUAAAAAGGUCUCAACACAACCAAGGGUCGGGACCAGGAGUAACACAGGUUCUCCGAUGUGGGAAAGAAAGGUCUCAUCCGAAGGUAACAAUAAUGCAGCCCCUUCAACCCCUGGAAGAUCCCGGUUGAGACAAGUCACCCUUGGUGAUGAAACUCCUGAUGACAGCACUGCUGUUCCAGUAUUUGGUGACUGGGAUGACAGUGAUCCCGCUUCAGCUGAAGGUUACUCUCACAUAUUUAACAAAGUACGAGAGGAAAAGCAUAGUGGCGGAGGAAAGUCGCCAAGGAUAACUAGUGAUGAUUCUUAUUUUCAUAGUCAAAGACCAGAGGCUAAAAAGGGGUGCGGCUGCUUUCCGUGGGGCAGAAAAUGAUCUCUUGUUGGCUGUUUGGGUGCAAAGUUGUGGAUUGUACACUACUUCAUAUAAAGCUCAAAGGUGGUGUUAUGUAUAAGCAUGGUGUUUGUAAACUGCCUUCUUUCUUGUUGGUUAAAUGGUAUGCAGAACUCUUCCUGUUGUCCUAUAGGGAGAAUUUAUUUCCUAUCCUUCCCAUUGUUUUUGCAUAUGAUGUUUGUAUGCUCAAUUUGUUGAAUGAAAAGCAGAAAAAUAAAAAAGCAAGGAUUCUGUGAAUA